AGAUAUCUAUGUUUCUCUGUAUCUUGUGAUUAUAUUUUACCUAUAUCCUGUGAACAAAUAUUAACUGUAUAAUCCAUAUAAUCAAUAAUGCUACAACUGUUUCUUAUAUUUAGAAUGAUGUAUAAUCUUUUUGACUCAGACGCAGGGUCAGGCCCAGAGCACGACCACAGAAAGAGCAGGUGUCAAUCUGAAUGUCAAUCUGACCCAAAAUACAAUUCAGAGAAAAGUGUGUGAUGGAAAUUCAUCUUGAGAUUUGAAAUAAUGAAAGCACGGAUGCUCAGAAAAGAGAGAGGACGUGCCAGAACUAAUACAAUGAGGUGCUUCAUGAAACAUGGUGAGAAAAAGGUAUGAAAUCCUCCUGAAAUGUUUAAUCUGCUGGGUCUCUCCACUGUAGCAAGCUCCCUGUUUGCCAAGGCCACAGUAGUGGGACACCUGGUCAGUUGAAAGUGAUGUGCUUGCAAAAAACUGCACUUUGAGGAAACAGUAUACAUCUGGCCAAUAACUGGCCAGAUGAAUUCCCUCAAAGAAAAAGAACCGCCUCUGUGCCCACCUUGUGUCUGAUUAUAUAUACUGUGGACUUAGGAUUGAACGGGGAAUCUUCUCGACAUGAUCCAGUGAACCUGGUGACGUGUCCGGCAGAACCCCAGAGACUCUCUGUAAGUAUUUCUUUAUUUUACAAUAAAUGUUCAAUUUCCAGAACUUCAUGUAUAAGUGUCUAAUUAUUCCUUCUCAAAUCCUGGAUCAACAAACACGCUUGUCCAAUCGCCGGAGGCGAGUUCAAGUUUAAAAGCCUGGCGACGACAAACCCUCAACCCUCAGAUCAGUUGGCAGAAAGAGAGCGACUGUGGGAAACAUAUUGAUCCGUGUCCAGAUCACUGUGACCUGGCUGCUCUCCAGCCCUGAGCUCGGUGGCCGACCCACAGAGCGGUUCAAACACCCGGGUGAAGGCUGUGGGGACACUGGGCAGAGUUUCAUUCCACUGGGAAGCAGAAGGGAAGCACUCUGAAGAGGAAGGAAGACGAGUUGAUGAUGUGGUGUUUGCGCCGCCGCUCUCGGACAAUGUGUGUGUCCUUGGCCUUCAUCACGGUUCUCCUCCACCUCCUCCUGGGGCUCGCCUCUCUGUCCAUUUACCAACCGCCGUGCGACUCCCCCCCGUCACCCAACAUCCUGAGGAGCCUGGCACGCAGCAGCUACACCCCCACAGGGACCAGUGGUCUCGCUGACCCACCAGCUGACACCACCCGGAGAGACUCCUCCGAUGGAGAUGCCAGUGAGGAGGUCAAAGGUCGUGUGGGAACGGCUCCUGCUCCAGUUGAAGUGGCUGGCAGCCGGGGUCAUCAUGAACCUUUGGAGUCUGGGACGUCCAAACUGGAGGCGCUGUUUGACCAUCCCCUGUACGCCACGCCCGGGCCGGCUGUCCCCGAGGACGACUGGCUGCUGAGAGUGAAGCCAAAGGUCAAGACUGCAGUGGAGAGCUCACAGAUGUGGACCAGUGGCAGUCAGCAGACCUACGAGGAGGUUCGGUGGAACAGCAGCAGUGACAGCCACCCCCCCUGGCUGCGCUUCCACCUGGGUAUCUCCCGCUGGCAGCUCUACCCUCAUCGUGACCCCAACAUGGCGGCUCUGACGCAGCAGCUCGCCACGCACCGCAUCGUCAGUGCAGUGCAGAAGUCUGGAGGGACGCAGCUGAAGCUGGUGAUGUCAUUUCCCAACUAUGGACGAGCUCUGAUCAAACCCAUGAAGCAGGAGAGAGAGGAUGAAACCAACCUCAACCUCUUCUACUUCUCGGACCUCGAGAGGCACAAUGCAGAAAUCGCUGCUUUUCACCUCGACAGGAUUUUGGGUUUCAGGCGAGUGCCUCCUGUGGUCGGGCGACUGCUGGACGUGGUUAAAGAGAUAAAGGAGAUCACCACCGACCGCAAGCUGGCCCGGACCUUCUUUACCUCCCCUGUGGGCAGUGUGUGCUUCUAUGGCCAGUGCUCGUACUACUGUUCCACAGAGCAUGCAGUGUGCGGCCGCCCCACGGCCCUGGAGGCCUCCCUGGCCGUGCUGCUCCCUGACCUGUCCCUGGCCACCAGGAGGAGCUGGAGAUCCCCCUGGAGGCGCUCGUACAGCCGCAGCAAGCUGGCAACGUGGGAGACAGAAUCCGACUACUGCUCCAAGGUGAAGACGACUCCACCCUACGACCAGGGCUCCAGGCUGCUGGACUUCAUGGACAUGGUCGUUCUGGACUUCCUGAUGAGCAACAUGGACCGACACCACUAUGAGACUUUUGAGAAGUUUGGCAACAACACUGUUCUGCUGCACCUCGACAACGGCCGAGCAUUCGGGCGUCACUCCAAAGAUGAGCCGACCAUCCUCGCUCCACUUGAACAGUGCUGCAGGAUCCGUCAGAGCACGUGGCUUCGCCUGCGUCUCCUCUCUCAGCCUCAGUAUCGUCUCAGUGAUGUCAUGCGGGCGUCUCUUUCCCAGGAUCCCUUGCACCACGUGGCCCCUCUGCUGGCAGAGCCCCACCUCGCCGCUCUGGAUCGGCGUCUGAGCAAAGUGCUGGAGACUGUGAGUCGCUGCAUAGAGCAGCAGAGCGUGGACGGUGGUGGUGAUGAGGUCAUUUUUGAUGACACCGCCCACUUGAAGGACACGUUGACUCCUGCAGGUUUCAAGACUUUUAUCUUUGAGAGAAGUUUGUAUUAUAUUUACACGAUGUCAGGAGCCGGUAGUGACCAGCUGCACAGAUCCACUCUGACUGUCUAUUCGAACCUGAUGGAGCACUUCAAUCCGGGCCUCCAGAAGCUCGUUGCUCUAGGAAACAGCUACGUCAAAGCUUUUCAAGCCUUAGCUGUUUGCAGUGAGGCUUACUUCAGCGCCGUGGCUAAGAUGGGUGACCAGGCUCUGCACACACUCUCAUCUCGCUCUCUUGGGGACGUCCUGAUCCAGAUAUCAGACACACAGAGGAGACUCACUGCAGAGAUGGAGGGUGUGUUCCGAUGGUUCCAGGUUGAGGUGCUGCAGGCCAUGGAGAAGAAUGUGAAGCUGGACGAGGAAUACAUCGACGGGAGUCGCAGAGUGUACGAGCUGGAGGUGAGGAAUCAGGCCGAGGCGCUGGAGAAACAGCUCAGACGAGGAGCUUUCAGGGACUCUCUGGAGAACAGCGAGUACAUGCUGUACCUGAGGCAGAGCCAGCAGGAGAUCCUCAAGGAGGAGGAGAGGAGGUAUCGCUUCCUGGCAGAGAAACACUGUGGCCUCACUCAGUCACUUCUCUUCCUCAUAAACAAGACCGGUGGAUCUCUUCAGCAAAAGGCCGACGGCUGGAAGGAGAAAGUGAACGAGACCAGAGGGUCCAGGCCUCGCACGCCCACACACUUAGAACAAGAGGCCCAGCUCCGAGGUUCAGUGAGCUCCCUGCUGCAGACUGUUGCCAGAGAUGAAGACAUGUCGUGGGCCAGGAGGGAGCAACAGGCGCUGGGCAGAGUGCCCUCUAGAGCACCGUCACCUCUGCCCAGCCGCUCUCGCUCCAGCUCGGUGGGUGAGUCUCUGGGUCUCGGGGGAGGCAGAUCCAUGAGAGCCCUGGUGUCUCACCCGUCCUCGUCCAACCCGAAGCUCCUGCCCUUCAACAGAGGGGAGACCGUCACCGUCCUGGUGCAGGAGCCGCGCAACGGGUGGUUGUACGGACGCACCGACAGCAGCCUGCGUCAGGGCUGGUUUCCUGCUGCCUAUGUGGCGCCCAUUGAAGAUUUCUCCAACACUUUAGCAACAAGCGGCGGUUCCCUGAGAAGCCACAGUAUGAACAACCUGCUGGAUCCCACCGACACCUACCCGGAGCAAUCGGAGAGCCAGAGCUACGGCGAUGUCCCGCCCCCGGCCACGCCCAACCGCCGGGCUUCCGUGGACUUCCGGCCGAUCUCUCCCCUCCCCGAGAAGAGGGCGGAGCCGGCGACGGAGAAGAGGCUGGGUCAGACGAAGAGCUACAACGAACACCCGCCUCCUCAGCCGAGUCAGAACCUGAGGAGGAGCUCGGUCGAUUUUCAGCCGAUCUCCCCGCUCCCUGAGAGGAGGAGUGAAUCUGAUGUCCAGGGCUUAUCACCCCAGGGACCUGACAACCCUCUGUUUCCCAGAGGCACAAACCCGUUCGCCACAGUAAAGCUUCGCCCCACGACAACCAAUGACAGAUCUUCUCCUCGGAUCACCUGACCCGGCUUGGUUUGUAACUGACGCUGCCGGAUCGGGUUGUGUAGGCAGGACGUGCAUUUUGUGUUGUUUCUGUGUAAAGUCGUCUCAUCUGAAACGUGAAGGGGGCGGAGUCAGAAGAGCAGAGGAGGAGUCGCUGAGAUUCUGGCCCGGUUUUAGAAAAGAUGAGGUUUUGUGACUGUAGUAAAUCUUUAUGGUUAAAUAUCAAAAACAUAAAGUUUUAUGUUGAUAGGUGCUGGUUUCCUUUCGUAAAAUUUGUAAGUAAUACACUUAUUAUCAGUAGUAGUACUUCAAAAGAUAAAAAUAUUAGAAUAUAGAUUUUAUUCUCAUUAUAUUGGGGCUUCUUUUCCCAUAUGAAUUCAAACUAAAUUCUGUUAAAUUACAACCUUUUUUUCAUUAAAUCAUGAUUUAAUUUUCAUAAAAUUACCAAAAAAAUCUUUAUUUCUGUGUAAUAUUCCAACUUACUUUGAUUAUGACUUUAUCUCAUAAUAUUAUGACUUUAUCUCAUUGAAUUACGUCUUUAUUUACAUUAAAUCAUGAUAUUGUUCUUACGUCUUUAUUCUCGCAAUAUUACAACGUUAUUCUUGACUCUGCUGUUCUCAGAUCUGCCUGAUAAAUAUGAAGCUACAGCCUCCAGCUGAUAUUAACCCAUGUUUAUUUAUUUGAUCUAUUUUACUGAAGUUGAUAUUUGAUUCUAACGUAUUUCUACUUGUGUGACUGACAUGUUUUGCAUUGUUCAGUGUCUUUUAGUGAGUUGAAUGUUGUGUGUCCACUGUGAGCAACACAAAGUAAAGACACAGUUAUUACUCAA